AUGUCUAGCAACACAACAAUCAAAACUAUUGAACCCUUCAACCUCUCUGCCCAACCAGGCACAGACAUCUGGCGCAAACCCCCCUCCACCAACGUCUUCAACGCUGCAUUCUAUCCCAACACCCAACCCACCUAUCCCCUCAAGCAGUUCCAGCGCGCAAAGAUCACCUUUGCCCUCCCACCCUCGGAUGAACUCCGCCGAUAUGACCAAGCCGGCCUCGUCCUCCACCUAACCAAAGAGGGCGUCGCCAACAACGCCACAAAAUGGAUCAAAACGGGUAUCGAAUUCUACACUGGCAAGCCAUUCGUCGCGACUGUCGGCUGCGACAUCUGGGCCGACUGGUCCCUAGUCCCCAUGCCGGAGUUUGUAAAUGGCACGGAGCCUACUGCUACGAUUGAAGCACGCAUGGAGCAGGAUGAGCUCGGCAAGAGUCUGUGGAUUUACUGGAUUGUGAGGAACGAGCAGGGUGAGGAGGUUGAGAGGCGCCCGUUGAGAGAGGUUAACUGGUUUGCGGCGGCGGCGGAGGAUGGUUGGGAUGUUAGUAUUGCGGGCUAUGUGGCUAGGCCUACUACAGCCGGUGGCGAUGGAUUGCUUGAGGCGGAGUUCAAGGAGGGUCUUGAGAUUGAAGUUUCCAAGUGA